AGAAAAGGUUUUGAAUACAACAUCAGUGGUAGUAAUUGAAAACAGUUCCUUCUCUCUCUUAUGUUUGUAUAUAAGCGACCUCUGAACUUCAGAGCUUUGACCAACGGAGCAUCAAAGUGGAUGCUCACUGGUCACCAGGGUGACGCUAUCUCCAGGGCAACAGUGUAGAGGGCUGCUCCUCCGUCUCUCUUUUUCUCCAAGGUGUGUGUAAUUAAGCUUACAUUAGACAUCAUUAUGUGAGUGUUUGCACAUGUCCAUCUUAAACAGGCCUUGAAGGUAAAUACAGAAGAACCAGUGUGACACGCUGCAAGCAGCAGAAGCCCUCUUCAGCUUUUUAUCACACAUCUCGACCUGGACCAACAAACCCACACAGCCGUGUAUGCACUGGCUUCAAAACUCCUUUAUCUCGACACAGCAGCUGCAGCUGAGAUGGAGCUUCUGAAUUCAGCAUAUCAGAAGAUACAUACAGUAAAUAUGAUAUGUUAUAUUUGUGUGUUUAAAACAUACUGUGGUCCUUCUUUGGUUUAUGAUGAAUUACACAUGCAAAUAUAUUUUUUAUUUACAGUUUUGGUUUUCAUCAUCCUGUCUGUAUUAGUAUUAUAAUAACUAUCAAAUCCUUGGUUUACUUUCUUUGUAUAAUUCCUGCCCCAAAAGAUUUAUUUUUAUUUUUAUUUUUUUUAAAGAAUUUCACAUGUAAUACAUUGCCAUAAAUAAGAAUAUGUGAAUAAAUAGCAAACAUUAUUUAAUCACAUUAUUAAGGCAUUCUUUCACGUGAUUUUUUUUCUGUAAGUAACAAAUUUGAGAUGUAUUUUAAUGCAUCAAUUAUUAUUAUUAUUAUUACUAGUAGUAGUAGUAGUUUUCUUAUUGUUGUCAUGGUUGUUAUUGGGAUUCUUCUCAUUAUUAUUAAUAAUAUUCUUUUUCUUCUUAUUAUUAUUAUAUUAUUGUCAUUAUUAUUAUUAGUAGUAGUAGUAGUAGUAGUACCUAGUAGUAUCCUUGUUGUUGUGGUUGUUAUUGUUUAUUAUUAUUAUUAUUAAUAUUAUUAUUAUUAUAUUAAUAUUCUUCUUCUUUUUAUUAUUAUUAUUAUUAGUAGUAGUAGUAGUAGUAUCCUUGUUGUUGUGGUUGUUAUUAUUAUUAUUAUUAUUAUUAUUAUUAUUAAGCCCAAGGUAACUGCACAACGCAACGGCACCUGUACGAUUCCCUCAUUCUGAUUGGUUGCAUUUAGUCAGAAGGCGGGGCCAAGAAAGAAAACGGACAAUCUCGCUCUACUCAUACAACCAACUGAUAAGGCAUGUAGCCAAGGGGCGUGGUUUACAUUUGUGGUGGGCGUGGUUUUGUUGAGUAGUCUAAUCACAGACUCAGCAGCACGCAGAGCAGCGCGCGGGGGCAACGCACAGGAGAGGGAGUUCAGUUUCAAACCGAGUUUUGAGUUAAAAAUAAAUUAAGAAACUAAAGUGGUUUGUGAUGCGUGUGGAGUCAUGCGGGUUUGUAGAGCUAAACAAGAAAGAUUUAGACACCAGUAGAGAGAGAGAGAGAGAGAGAGAGAGACAGACAGAGAAACAGAGAGAGAGAGAGAGAGAGAGAGAGAGAGAGAGAGAGAGAGACGCAGAAGCACCUGAAACCUGUUGCCGUGAAGCGGGGCGUCAGUGAGGAAUAAACCGCGCUGUGGAGAGGGUCAGUGGGUUUAACUCCAGUGUUUGUGCCCAUAUUGGAUUAUUUCACUUGUUACUGGGAACCCGGAAGAAAGCCUAAAGGAAAUUGUCUCCUAAAACUGCACUUAGCUGAAACCUGUUAAGGGAAAAAUGAACUUUUUACAGCGCGCGCGGUGAAUGAUUUACUCCGCGGAGGGAGUGUGUGGAUGUGCUGCUUUCCGGAGAAUGGUGUGUGUGUGAAACGUCCUCGCGCACUUGGAGCAAAGUGCACUGUGGGUCUGGAAUGAAACUGAGCUCUGAUUUACGACGCUGUGGACUGUGGAUAUGCUGCUGGAACAAUUACGGUUUCCUUCAGGGAUUUCUUCUUUCCGAAGGCUUGCCGUAAAUUAGAAACAGGGUCCCGAGCUGAGAAAACACUCAAAGAGUAAAUUCCAACUUUCCUGAUUAUUUUUGGUCUCCUCUAAUAUUUGUGACUAAAGUCCAGGGACAUUUGACCAUGGGGAAGCCUCCUGCCUCUGCUGUGGUGUUUCGGCUGCUUGCUUUGCUUGUCUCACAGCUGCCACGUCUGGCACUCACUGCCUCCAAGGACAUAGUGUGUGAGCCCAUCACGGUGCCCAUGUGCAAAGGCAUUGGCUACAACCUCACCUACAUGCCCAACCAGUUCAAUCAUGACACGCAGGAUGAGGUGGGGUUAGAGGUGCAUCAGUUUUGGCCUCUGGUUCGGAUACGUUGCUCUCCGGAUUUGCUGUUUUUCCUUUGCAGCAUGUACACCCCCAUCUGUCUCCCAGACUACAAAAAGCCUCUGCCACCAUGCCGUUCCGUCUGUGAGAGGGCCAAGAAGGGCUGCUCACCUCUCAUGAUCCAGUAUGGUUUCGACUGGCCUGAGCGUAUGAGCUGUGAGCAGCUCCCCAUGCUGGGUGACCCGGACAGGCUGUGCAUGGAUCAGAACAAUAGUGAGACCACCACUCUGUCGCCCUCGUUCCCCAAACCUACUCCCAAGGGCCCGAACCGAUACAGAUCCACGGCCAAAUCUAGCACGCCUCAGAAGUGCGAUCGCGAGUGCCGCUGUCGCGAGCCUUUGGUACCGAUCAAGAAAGAGUCCCAUCCGUUGUAUAACCACGUGCAAACCGGCUCACUGCCCAACUGUGCUCUUCCUUGCCACCAGCCCUAUUUCUCACAGGAUGAACGUGCUUUUACAACCUUCUGGAUCGGUUUGUGGUCCGUACUGUGCUUCAUCUCCACCCUCACUACCGUGGCCACGUUCCUUAUAGACAUGGAGCGCUUUAAGUACCCUGAGCGGCCCAUCAUUUUCCUGGCCGCCUGCUACCUCUUUGUGUCACUGGGCUACAUUGUGCGCUUGCUGGCGGGCCAUGAACGCGUGGCGUGCGGUGGCUCUGGCGACCAGCAGCACAUCCUGUACGACACCACGGGCCCAGCUCUGUGUACGCUGGUCUUCCUGCUCAUCUACUUCUUCAGCAUGGCCAGCUCCAUCUGGUGGGUGGUGCUGUCGUUCACCUGGUUCUUGGCCGCAGGAAUGAAGUGGGGGAAUGAAGCCAUCGCUGGCUACUCGCAGUACUUUCAUCUGGCAGCGUGGCUGGUGCCCAGUGUCAAGUCUAUUGCAGUUCUGGCGCUCAGCUCCGUAGAUGGAGACCCUGUUGCUGGAAUCUGCUACGUGGGCAACCAGAGUCUGGAGAGCUUGCGAGGCUUUGUGCUAGCACCUCUAGUAGUCUACCUCUUCUCUGGGUCACUCUUCCUGCUGGCCGGUUUCGUGUCGCUCUUUCGCAUCCGCAGUGUCAUCAAGCAGGGUGGCACCAAGACGGACAAAUUGGAGAAGUUGAUGAUUCGUAUUGGCCUGUUCACCGUGCUCUACACUGUGCCAGCCACUAUCGUGGUGGCGUGCUUGGUCUAUGAGCAGCACCACCGGCCCGGCUGGGAGCAGGCACUGGCCUGUACCUGCCCCUCCGAACGCCAGCAGCUCGGUCUUGGACCUGAAUACGCAGUCUUCAUGCUGAAGUACUUCAUGUGCUUGGUGGUGGGAAUCACCUCUGGCGUGUGGAUCUGGUCAGGAAAGACAGUAGAGUCCUGGCGGAGGUUUGCUGCACGCUGCUUCCCCUGCAGGGCCAGAAAGCCACCUGCAUCAGCUUCCUCUAUGUACAGUGAAGCUAGCACGGCACUGACUGCUCGAGCCGGAUCAGCACCGCCCGGAUCCUACCACAAAUCUGCUCCACCGUCUCAUGUCUGAGCAAACGGGUCCACCUGGAUUUAACAUGAAGGAUCAUAACAAGCUGCUGUCUUGUCCCUUAAAUUGCCAAGACCUUCGGUUCUACGUGUGCGGAUAAAAUCGAAAACGGAUUUUAGAUUCUGGAUGGAAGAGAGGAAGAAAAACAAUUAAGGAAUUAACUGGAGAAUGAACUCCUGGCUCAAGCAAUGCUGGAAGAAGAAGAAAAAAUCCCCCACAGGAACUACAAGACACUCUGUCCUACCUAACACUUGUUGUGGGCAUGUUAUUUAUUUGUGUAUGUAGAUAUUUGUUCCUUUCACAUUGUGUUCCACAGAGAAUGCCCCAGCUGUGUGUGUUUGUGCUUUUAUAAUGGAAACCAGAGGUGGAAUAUUUUCACUCUAUUGAGACCUUGUUGAAUUUGAAAUUCCACGCCCAAUCAUGAAAUGUGCUUUGCUGGUAAACGAUAAGUGCUGUGGUGAGUUUGUUCGGAAAUACACCCAAACCUUCUGUAUAUAAUUGUGUGGGGGAAUGGGGGACACGACGACAACAGCGGAAAAUGUUAAGUCUGUCAUGUAAUACAGUGUCUACGGGUAUCUCGAGCUCACACACGUUGGCAGGACGAGCAGUUAAGUUUACUGAUUCCACAGCAUAAUGUGUUUUCGUGCAGGGUUUGCCAUCAGUCGGCUCUACAAGAUGAACUCAGUAUACGCCGAAGAUAAAUCUAAAACAUCCUGUAGAAGUUUUGUCCCAGAAAAUGUGCGAUUAGACAAACCAUAUCAAUCCUGAAACAGAAGUUGAGCAGAAAACUCGAGACGGUUCGCUGAUGGACUUGACAGCACUAAACUUGACACCCACCUAGUGGUCAUUUUAUAUUCUGUCAUGUCAUUAAAAUACAUUUAGUUAAGCUGGACUUUAAGAUCAUAAAUCAGACGUAGAUCACUUUACAGUUUACAUACUUCUGAUAGAUUUGGUCGCUUCUCCUGUCAGAGCCUAUCCCCUGUGUGUGUGUGCGCGCGCGAUGUCUCAUGAAGCGGUUGUAGAUCUGAGUAAACAUUUGUACUUAUAAAUCACUCAAAAGUGGUAACCUUAGAAUUUUAGGGUUCUCUUACUACAAAAUUGUUAAUUUAACGGUCCAGACGCCAUAGACUUUUCUCAAGUCUUUUGCAUUCUGCUGCUUAACUUUGUUCUGACUGUCCAGAUAAUACGAGUCUGAUCCGACAGCACUGUCGUUUCAUGUUUCUGAGAGUGUACAUAUUUGUUUUGCCCUCUGUGUGUAAAUCAUGUAAUGGGCAUUUUUUUUUCCCUCUCUUUUUCACAGCCUACACUCUGGCUGUGUGUAAAUACUUUUUCUUAAACAAAAUGUCAAUUCAUUGCUGAGAUUUUUAAAGAAGAUUUAGAUAUUUAUGAAAAAUUGGAGUGGUUUUUUUGUGUUUCAUUGGUUUCUCUUAUCUGUAGAGAAUAAAACUGUGGAGCAAUCUGUGAGCAGUGGUUUCCAGAUUGUCGUCUUCA